AUGUUCAAAUCCUCUCAUCCAACAUUCAAAUUGUCAAUUUUAUGUCUUGCAGCAGUUUUGGCUCUUCUUGCUGUCAGUUUCCUUUCGAUUCAUACUUCUUCGGUACAUGCCGAACAAGACGAAGAAAUCAUCAAUCGAGAAACCUCUCUUACAAAAACAUCACCCAACAAUGGAACACAAGUCGGAUCAUUGAGUAGUGUUGUCAGUGAACAAAUUCUCGAUGAAGACGAUGAUGAUAUGGAAGAUUAUGACAUGGAUGAUUUUGCUAUUCUCGGAAAUGAAUGGUUGUUGAAGGAAAUUAAAGACGUUGAUGAUCAAAUGAAAUCGGAAGAGGAAGACACUGGAUCGGAAACGUCUGUCUCGUGGGAGAAUCCUGCUAGAGCUCAAUCAGCUGCAACACCAACAACAACUGCAUAA